AUGGACGAAAAUCACAUCUACCAAUAUUCCCUGGUAAAUGCCUUGAUGGCGGGAGUGGUUGAUUCUGGACUAUCUGUCCAAGAUCUCCUGUCCAAAGGCAACCAAGGCAUCGGUACCUUUGCACAUAUGCGAGGAGAGCUUCUCAUGCUUGAUGGGGAGGUUCAUCAACUUCUUGCCGAAGGAAAAACUCGAGUGGCCGAUGAAAGCGAUCAAAUUCCAUACGCAGUCGUCACGCAAUUCGUGGCCCAAGAAACCAUCGAAGUCCAGCUCAAAUCGAAGGACUCGAUAGAGAAGGUUUUGGAUGGGUUCAACAAGCACUCGGCCAAUGUCUUUAUGACCUACCGCUUCCAGGGAAAUUUCAGAACACUCAAAUGCCGUACGGUCAAAGGCCAGGAAUACGACGGUCAACCAUUAUCCGAAGUUGGAAAGAACCAGCACGUCCAGGACUAUGAGAACAUCGAAGGAACCAUCGUCGGCUUCCGGUCUCCUGAAAUAUGGCAAGGUUUCUUUGUUGCUGGGGAGCAUAUGCAUUUCCUUAGCGCCGACAAGACCGUUGGUGGUCAUAUCUUGGAGCUUGGAGAUGCAAAGGGCACAAUAGGGGUGGCCACAUCCACCAAUGUGCACAUCGAGCUUCCGUCAUCUCAGAAAUUCAAUGAGACAAAGCUAGCCCUAGAUAAUACUGGUAUUAGGGCGGUCGAAGGAUAA